AUGACUAUGACCGUGGCCAUGCCGUCGUCGGAGGCGUCGUCGUCUCCUUCUAACAAGAGGGGCCUCCGGGGGCCGCGGCCGCAGCCGCUGAAGGUGACGGCGUCGCCGACGGCUUCGUCGUCGUCGUCCAAGCCGGCGUCCGGCUCCAAGAAGCCGGUGAUCGUGUACGAGCACACGCCCAAGGUCGUCCACGCCAGGCCGCAGGAGUUCAUGACCGUCGUGCAGCGGCUCACCGGCAAGCCCGCGCCCGCCACGUUGUCGUCGUCCUUGCCGCCGUACGUGCAAGGCUUCUCGCCGGCGGCGGCGGUGGCCGAGGAGGGCGGCGACCCGCUGCUGCUCACGCUCGGGCAGGGCCAGGCCGCGCCGCCGCCAGCACCGACGACGCUGCCGUCCCCCAUGGCGGCCGGGCUGCUGCUGUCCCCGGGCUUCAUCUUCUCCCCCAACACCAUGCAGGCCAUCCAGGAGCUCAGUCCCUUGUUCUAA